GAGAGCUGCACUGCAUGCCCCCCCCCCCCCAUUGAAAAAGAAGUGAGGAAGAAUCAGCCGACGUGCAGUGCCUUUGCAGCAUUCCAGUCAUAUACAGAGAGAGGCUGGUAUAACAGGGUUCGCUGUUGAUAGACGCAGACAUUUCCUCCCAUACUGACUGCGGGACACCCACAACAGGCACAGCCUUCCCCAAUUCCUCACUAGGAUCUUCUCUUCCCUGUUGGAGACCUUCUCCACCCCCCACAUCCAGCAGCCAUGGCAGAUGACGCAGACAUGCGCAAUGAGCUGUCAGACAUGCAGCAACGUGCCGACCAGCUGGCAGAUGAGUCUCUGGAGAGCACUCGUCGCAUGCUGCAACUGGUGGAAGAGAGCAAAGAUGCUGGCAUCAGGACUUUGGUUAUGUUGGACGAGCAGGGAGAGCAACUCGAUCGUGUUGAAGAUGGCAUGAACCAUAUCAACCAAGACAUGAAGGAAGCCGAGAAAAAUUUAAAAGAGAUAGGGAAAUGCUGUGGGCUUUUCAUAUGUCCAUGUAACAAGAUGAAGAGCGGAGCCAGCAAGGCCUGGGGGAACAACCAAGAUGGAGUGGUGGCCAGCCAGCCCGCCCGCGUGGUGGACGAGCGUGAACAGAUGGCCAUCAGCGGAGGCUUCAUCCGCCGAGUAACAGAUGAUGCCCGGGAAAAUGAGAUGGACGAGAAUCUGGAGCAGGUGGGCGGCAUCAUCGGUAACCUGCGCCACAUGGCCCUGGACAUGGGCAACGAGAUCGACACCCAGAACCGCCAGAUCGACAGGGUCAUGGAGAAGGCUGAUUCCAACAAGACCAGGAUUGACGAGGCCAACCAGCGCGCCACAAAGAUGCUGGGCAGUGGCUAAACGCCGUGCGCCCGGAGCGCGAUGGUCCCGGCGUCCCGUGCCGCACAUCUACAGGCGCUGACAUGCUUUCAUCAUGGUAUUGACCUUCUAGGUUUGCACACAUGCACAUAUCACCUCCCCUCCCCCAUUGUAAAUGUUGUUCUGUGUGUCGUCUGUCGAGCUUUUUCAAGAUGAUUGUCCUCGUAAAAAGAUGAUUUCUUAUACUCCGUAUAUCAUUCUUUCCAAAGGUUGUAUAUAGUGCUGACUUGAUGGCUCUCUAGCUCACCUGUGAAGUUUUUAAUUCUCUUUAUCAGAAUAUAUAUAUAUAUAUAUAUAUCAUAUAUUAUCAUAUAUCAUAUAUCAUAUAUCAUAUAUAAUAUAUAAUAUAUAUAUAUAUAUAUAUAAAAGUACACUGCUCUGGAUGACAAGUAUAUAAUAGGAAUGCUAUACAAGUUGUUUGUUUUUAUUCUUUUUCCUUUUCAGUAUCUCAGUAUCGUCUUAGUAAAACUGUGUCAUCCAUUUAGGCUACUGUCAUGCUCCUCAUUUUGGUGUUGUCAGGACAAAAAGGGAGAAGACUGAUGGUAAAAAAGGGACGGUGCAGAUGGACGGGAUAUUGCAAAGAGCACUUACAAUCAAAAGGCAGUCGUUGGUACAUUUUCCUUCAUCGCAAUCAUACUGAGUUCUUGUUUAGACAAUGUGCAACUAGACUCUCCGUAGCUGUAUUAGACAUUGCAUUCCUAGUGAUGUGACUUGUGCGUUCUCUGCAUGACAAAUGGUAGAUUUUAGUCUUAUAAAUAAAACCUGUCUGAAAAAUAUAUAUAAAAAAUGAUAACAUGGCAGUAGCAAAUUGACAAAAAACGCAUGCUCAGUAUUAGGACACAGUUGAUCGUUCCAUACUCCUGCAAGUUUGCAAUAGUGCCACUCUUUUUGUCUCGAUAUAUUUACCGACUGUGACCAUCUCGUUGUACAAAAUGCAAAAAGGGAUCAAAAAAGUGAGAUAAGAAUGAAAACAAUGUGAGGACUUGGGGUUGUAAUGCAACAAAAUAAAACAAUGACCUGUUUUCUAAAUGAUUAUGCAGUUCAGUGAUGAAGAUGUUGAUUAUGUGCUGAAAGAUGAGGACUGGUUGUGUACUGUAACAUAGGUUUUGGAUGCUCUGAAAAAGAUAAAAAUAAACAUUUGCAAUGUAAAGCAAAGACGCAUAUUUCUGAGAGACCUUACUUUUAUAAGAAGACUGUAUCUGUAAGUUUAUUCUCCCCCGUGUGGUUUGUUAUUGGUAAAAAAAAUAAUGAUAAUAUUGAAUAACAAUAGCUAUACUCUGAAACAAAAAAUACAUACAAAAGGUUUUUUGUUUUUGUUUUGUUGCUUCUGUACUUAGAGCUAUGCACACCAAAUCGCCAAAAUGUGGAGUAGUUAGAUUAAGGUAAUUAAAAUACCUAGACCUGAAUGACACAAUAGGUUGAACCGUGAGAUUGAUGUCCUCAACGCAUGUAAUAUUAAAGACCCCUCUCUGUAUCCUGUCAGUGUGUGAAGUGGUGGACAUUUUGUAGCUAGCUGAAUUGAUUAAAAGUAAUAAACCCUA